UGCUAGAAUAUUUCUUAAUAAAAAUCCUACUUUAUUUUUUUAAUCCUUAUUUUUAUUUUAUUUCCCAUACUUUUUCAUUUUGACGUAAGAAUUUUACCAAUUAAUGUUGAGGGUUUAUUUCUAUUUUAUUUAUUGUAAUCCAGUAAACCAUCUAGUAUAGCCAUUAUUUAUGUUUGUAAACCAAACAUUUAACAAAUUAAAUCUUUUUAAUUCUGACUUUUUUACCCACGUGACUAUAAAAUCAAAUCACUGUAAAUAUUUCAUAUAAUUGACUUGUUUAUAAUAUGUUUUAAAAGAAUAUCGUAAGUAAAUACAUACAUUUACAAAGACAUAAGCAAACCCCACCACCACCACCACCCCCGAGUUGUGCGGAAGUGACACAGCAGGCGCGCGCUCCUUCACGUCACGUCACGCGAGACAGCAAAGGAGAGGAGCGAGAGGAAGAAAAAAAAAGAAAAAGAGAAGAAAAAACAUCAGGCAGAUAACAGUUAGCUGCAAACCCCAGGCCGCAGACAUGUUCAGCGCCUCCCCGACGGUCCUGAAGGAUGACAUGGACUCGUGAAGGCUAUGAAUUCCUGUGAGCAUGGGGAAAAUUCUGAUGAAGCCAUGCUGGAAAAAGAAAAAAACAAUGUUCAAGAGGUUAAGGAGGAGAUGGAUGAUUUUGCAGUUUGUGGACAAUCUGAGAAUAAAGAAGGAGGAACCCCUGCUGCUGCAGAGGUCAAUAAAAGGUCAUCUGCAGAAUUUAGCUCGGAUACACAUCAGUCUACCAGCAGCAAAAGAGCCAGAGUCUCUAGUGAGGUGAGGAGAGGCUUCCUAGGUGACGGCAGCAGGUAUGAACCCCUUUGCCUCACCACGAGUGCAGACAAGGGAAAAUCCAGCAUGUCGUACAAAAAGCCUCUUUUCAGCAUCUUGCAUAAGAUUUCUGACAGGAGGAACACGCCGAGUCUGGAGCAGCAGGCCAAUCACGGAAACCUGAAUCAACUCAACCUCAGCGGCGGCGGCGUCCUGUCGCCCAACCUCCAAACUCCGGAGCAAAACGGCUCCGAGGAGACCCUCCUAAACACGCUGUCCUCCGGUCACGCCUCAACACCAGACUCCAGCUUUUACCCGCUGAUAGAGAAAAUGUUUUUCAUUCUCAACAGCCUGAAUUCCAGCAUGACUCAGCUGCACAGCAAAGUGGACUUGUUAACUCUUGAAGUCAUGCGGAUAAAGAAGCAGAUCAAACAGACGGAGGCGGUGACGGAGUUCCAGCCUCCACUAGAGUAUCUGCUAACGCGCGACGAACUGAAUCAGCUGAUGGAGCAGACGGCCAGCGCGGGAGAGCUGGGCUGCCAGCUGCUCGUCCACCUUUUCCCUGAGUUGUUCAAAGCCAGGGAGUGCUCUCACGAGUGCAUGGCGAGCAAGAGGACGCUGGAAUCGCUCCAUCUGCAGCUGAUCCGUAACUACGUGGAGGUAUGCUACCCCUCCGUCAAAAACAACAGCGUUUGGCAGGACGAAUGUCUCCUCCAGAUUAACGACUUCUUUAAUCGCUUCUGGGCGCAGAGGGACAUGGAGAGCGCCCGGCUGCUCAGGAAGCAGACAGACUUGAGCGCCGGUAUAAAGGCGGAGCCUCCUCCGUCCUAUAGUUUCAUCAACGAGCAGGGUCAGGAGGAGCACGCGUCCGUGGACAACCAGCAGGACAGCCUGGGCGGCUCCGACCUUGGAUUUAGCACACAGGCCACAGAGGAGCUGGACGAGCUCUCCUCGCCGGAGGACUUCGUCAUCUUCCUCAUGCACCGCCUCUUCCCUGAGGUUUUCGAAGAGGGGAAGAUGCCAGAAGGCUGCAGCGGUUUGACCAACAUGGGACAAGUCAUUCUGGAGUCUGACAAGAUGGAGAUCUUAAGGAAGUACAUGGAAACCAAUUUUCCUGACGUGCCUGAGGACAGCUGGCUGCAGGUGUGCAUUCAACACCUAGAGUACGCUCUGGAGGGUCCCCAUAGCAACGGCAAUGGCAGCGAAACGGACAACAUGAACGACGAGGGCUACGAUUUGGCCAGCCUUCCCGAUGAGGUCUCUAUUCUGAAGGUUCCAGAGUAUGACAGGCCCAGCCGCAAAUCCAAAAAGUCACUCCUUCCACCUGUGGAUUUUGACAGUUUGGAAAUCCCCUCGCCGGACUUCCCGGCGCCGCAGGAGUACAUGUUGACGAGAGAGCAACUUAAGAGCAACUAUGAAUGUAGCCUGUCCAUUGGUAACUUUGCCUCCAGGCUGCUCGUGCUGAUGUUUCCUGAACUCUUCACCCACGAGAACACUAGAAAACAGUACAACUGCAGCGGCUCUCUGGGGAAAAAGCAGCUGGACCCGGUCCGCGUGAGUCUGAUCCGUCACUACGUGCAGUUAGUCUACCCACAAGCCAAGAACAACAGAGUGUGGAUGCUGGAGUUCGUGGGGAAGCUGGAUGAAAGGUGCAGGAGGCGCGACACAGAGCAGAGGAGGUCGUACCUGCAGCAGCGUAAAGUCUACGGUCACGAGUCGGAGCAGGACUUCCUCUGUCAAAUGAGCCGCCUCCAUCCGGACAACACCAGGGAGGACCCCGACAUCCACUCCCUACCUCCGGAGAAAAGCAGCAAAGACUUCUGUAAGAUCCCCCUGGAGGAGCUGACCGUCUCCAAACCGGACUUCCCCGUUCCGUCCGCCUACCUGCUGUCCGACGCCGAGAUACGGGAAAUCGUUCAGCAGUCUCUCUCGGUGGGCAACUUCGCUGCCCGCCUGCUGGUGCGCCUCUUCCCCGAGCUCUUCACCCAGGAGAACCUCCGCCUCCAGUACAACCACUCAGGAGCUUGCAACAAAAAGCAGCUCGACCCCGUCCGCCUGAGGCUCAUCCGCCACUACGUGGAGGCGGUGUACCCCGUGGAUAAGAUGGAGGAGGUAUGGCACUACGAGUGCGUGCCGAGCAUCGACGAACGCUGCCGCCGCCCCAACCGCAAGAAGUGCGACAUUCUUAAAAAGGCCAAACGGUCCAGCACCAUGUCUUAGUUCAGUACGUUACACUCUUUGUCAUAAAGUAACUAAACAGAAGCUUUUUACUUUGAUUCUAAUCACUGGCUGCAGCAGCAGACAUUUUCUUUAUCUAGUCUUGUUAGAACCAAAAGCUAAAACUCCUCUUAUUUAUAAGUCAGUCUAUUCUAGCUCGUCUAACUCAUUUCGUUCGUAAAUGUCGCAGCCUUAAAAAUAACAAAAGUAGCUAAAAGCAUAGGUCACACGGUUUCUAUAUUAACAGAGCUAAGCCACAAUGUGAAAUAUUCCCAUUACAGUUACCGAUGUAGCAUUGUGCCACUGCUGUUGAUGACGUACUUACAGUCCCUGAUUAUUUGUACAAGAACAUUGAGCGUGUUCUUUCUGCCACAAGAGCUUUACAAUUCUAUCAUUCAACAAAUCAUUGACACAAAACUGUUUUUUUCCCUGUAAAACAAUUCACAAUUCCCUAUAACAUAUUUUUAAACAAAAGCCUUAAAUCUGGAAGUUAUUUAAUCCUAACUUUUAUUUAUUUUUAAAAGAAUUUAUUUAAAAAUUCUUUAUAAUUCCAGGAAGCGUUCAAGGUUUUCCAGGAUUUUUCUAAUUCUGACUUAAACAAACACCUUAGAAAUAUCAGCAGUUUGACCCUAUACAUGCUUUUCUAUUAAAAAAAAAAAUCAAUCAUAUCUUCACUGGCCAAUUAAAAAUCCAACACGGUGGCAUAUAAAGGCAAAACUAAACAUUGUCCUUGUCCGGAUGUUUAUGGACGACUGUAUGUUAAGCCUUCUUAUAGAAGUUUGUAAUAUAAUUUAACAUGACAAUGGAUCAUGGUAGCAUAUUUCUAAUAAACCACAUUUAUGUAAAUGG